CCAUGAUGCAGGCUGGAGCUGUCCUGCUGCUCUGUGCUGCCUUGCUCCUCAUCGCGGGCGGAAACUCUGACAUCUGCCCAGCAGUGAGGGAGGAUGUUUACCUGUUUGUGAGGGGGACCCCUGAAGAAUACAUUGCUAAAGUGAAAGAAUACAACACAAACAGUGCGAUAGUGGCCAAUGCCAGGAAGCUGAAAGACAGAGUUAAUGAGAAGUUGACAGAAGAGGAUAAGCAGAAUGCUUUCAGUGUCCUGAAUAAAAUAUACUCAAGUUCUCUCUGCUGAUGGAACUGUCCCUGCCAGGAGCCCAAGGAAGUCACUUGGCUGAUCACUAAGUAGUGUCAACAACCCACCAUGUCCAAGUGUCUAAGUAGGUAAUACCAGAAAUAAAAGGCCUUGCAAUUCACAA